UUGUCUUACAAAAGCUUGUAGAGAAGUCUCUUAUUACAAACAAAACAAAACAAAAUAGUUCAAUCGAUCGAUCUAUUAUUAUCAAUGGAAAAAGUUACAAAAAGCUUCCUCUUAGUUGUUCUUGCUGCCUUUUUCUUUACUAUUUCCGUUGUACCGGUCCAUGCACUCCAUGAUCACAUUAAUCCCAAAAUUAAUGCUAUUUAUCAAUUUGGAGAUUCGAUCUCAGACACCGGUAAUCUGAUACGUGAUAAUCCAAUUGGAGCGCGUUCGAACUGUGGCAAACUUCCAUACGGACAAAGCUUCUUCCUCAAGCCUACCGGACGAUGCUCUAACGGACGUCUUAUGAUCGAUUUCUUUGCUGAAUACUUCAACUUGCCGUACCUCGAUGCAUACCUUAACAAGGAAGGAGACUUCAGUCACGGAGCGAACUUCGCCGUGGCUGGCUCGACAGCUCUAAGCACCUACGCUUUAGCAGCAAAAAGAAUUGUUACACGGACCACCCGCAGUUCGUUAUUACCCGUACAACUUGCAUGGUUUAGGUCUCAUCUUCCUUCUGUUUGUUCGAAUCCUCCAGAUUGCAAGAAUAAACUCGCCAACGCGCUUUUUAUCAUUGAAUCCGGUGGUAACGACUUCAAUUACGCUUUCUUCGGAGGGAAAACUAUGCAAGAAGUACGUAGCAUGGUACCCCAAGUAGUUGGCAAUAUCAGAAGAGCCGUAGAGGAGUUAAUUAGUUUGGGUGCCACUCGAAUAGUCGUUCCCGGGAACUUCCCAAUCGGAUGUUUGCCGAUUUAUCUGGCUUCUUUUCAAUCAAACGACGCAAAUAUGUAUGAUGAACUCAACUGUCACAGAGGAAUGAACGAUUUCGCCGUAUUCCAAAACGAUUUCGUGCAACAAACUAUUAGAGAACUUCAGAUGGCGCACCCAACCGUUAAAAUCGUCUACGCAGAUUACUUUACCGCUCUGAAACAACUCCUCCAGAACGCCGCCUCUCUCGGAUUUGACAAGGAUGCAACACAAAAGGCUUGUUGUGGGAGGGGAAAUAACGCGUACAACUACGAUUCUACAAAUAUGUGUGGGAGGGGAGUUCCAGCAUGCAAAAAUCCUAAUAAGAGUGUAAGUUGGGAUGGAGUUCAUAUGACGCAACACGCUUACAAAGUCAUGGCGAAGUGGCUGUUAAAGCACAAUAUUGUUCCUAGUCUCUCCUAAACGAAGGCUUACUUAGUUAUUUUCGAUUGCUAAAUAAAAUUAUGUUUCUCGACAAUAUUAAUGUAAUGUAACUAUGUAAGUAAGUAGUACUAUGUAUGUGUUUGUAUCUUUGUUUUGAUACAUUUGAUUUUAAGAAAUAAAUAUAUUGAAAUUUCCACCAA